AUGUCGUUUCAUCUCGGCGGUAAAACUCUGCGUGUUUCGGCGAAACUCUUCACGGAAAACCGACAGCGCUUGGUGAAGGCACUGAAAGAAAAGAUUACUUAUCCCGGAGCGGUUGUCGUAUUAGAGGGUGGUCAUGAGAAGCUUCGAUACAAUACAGACGCCGAUGAUUUACCCUUCAGACAAGAAUCCUACUUUUUUUGGGCGUUUGGGGUGCAUGAAGCCGAUUCGUAUGGUUUGAUCGACAUCGAUUCAGGAAAAUCCGUCCUCUUUCCACCAAAAUUACACCCCGAUUAUGCGAUUUGGGAUGGAAAAAUUGAACCUGAAGCGUGGUUUCAAAAGAAGUAUGAGGUCGACGAUGUUCAUUUUUAUGACGAGAAAACACCAGCAAUUGCGGAAACCUUGAAAAAGUUCAAUGCGAAGAAGUUACUUCUACUUAAAGCUGAUAACUCUGAUUCGAAUCAUGUUCUUCAACCAGCUGAAUUCAAAGGAAAGGAGGAGUUUUCCAUUGAUGUUGACUUGCUUUACCCAAUUAUCGCCGAGUUACGCGUUUUCAAGACGGAUCUAGAGUUGGAAGUUCUUCGCUAUGCAAGUAAGAUUGCUUCGGAUGCGCAUAAAGCCGUAAUGAAACACAUCAAGCCUGGUCUCUUUGAGUAUCAAUGUGAAAGUUUGUUCCGACACACGAGUUAUUACACAGGAGGAUGUCGUCAUCUAGCGUAUACGUGCAUUGCUGCCAGUGGCUGCAACGGCUCAAUCUUGCAUUAUGGCCAUGCAAAUGCUCCAAAUGCUCGUGAAGUGAAAGAUGGGGAUAUGUGCCUUUUUGACAUGGGACCUGAAUAUAACUGCUAUGCGUCGGACGUAACAACUUCGUUUCCUGUGAAUGGAAAAUUCACAGACAAACAAAAAAUUAUCUACAAUGCUGUACUUGACGCUAAUCGCGUCAUUCUUCGAGAAGCAAAACCAGGUGUUCGCUGGGCAGCCAUGCAUAAACUCUCUGAAAAAGUAAUCUUGGAACACCUUGUAAAAGCCGGUCUACUUCAUGGUGAUGUUGACGCAAUGGUUGAGAGUCGGCUUGGCGCUGUUUUUAUGCCACAUGGUCUUGGCCAUUUUAUGGGACUUGAUGUUCACGAUUGCGGAGGAUAUCUUGGGGACGCCGAACCACGCUACAAGGAACCCGGAUUGAAAAGUCUUCGCACGACGAGAACGUUGCAGGAAAGAAUGGUUAUCACCAUUGAACCAGGAUGCUACUUUAUCGACUUUUUACUCGACGCAGCUUUCGCUGAUCCAAAGCUCAAUCAGUUUAUGAACAAGGAACGCAUUGCCGAGUUUCGCGGAUCCGGAGGGGUGCGUAUUGAAGACGACGUUGUGAUUUGGGCGAAGGGAAAUGAAAACAUGAGUCAGGUUCCACGUACCGUCGAAGAGAUUGAGCACUUUAUGGCUGAUCGUACU